GGGACAUCACACAGAAGGGGUAUGAGAAGAAGAGAGCAAAGCUGCUGGCUCCGUAUGUUCCACAAAGCCAAGGGGUUGAUCCAGCAGUACAGAAGGAAUCCAAACCUCAGAUGCCCGUUCCAUCUGCAGCUCCAGCCUCAGCAUCAUCCUCCUCAUCCUCAUCCAAAUUCCACCGAGCUCGCUCAGGGGGAGCCAGAGAUGAACGUUACCGCUCUGACAUCCACACCGAGGCGGUGCAGGCGGCGCUGGCCAAGCACAAGGAGCAGAAGAUGGCCCUGCCCAUGCCCACCAAGCGCCGCUCCACCUUUGUCCAGUCCCCAGCAGACGCCUGCACGCCCCCAGACACGUCUUCCGCCUCCGAGGACGAGGGCUCGCUCAGGCGCCAAGCUGCUCUCUCUGCUGCAUUGCACCAGAGCUUACAGAAUGCUGAGUCUUGGAUCAACCGAUCUGUUCAGGGGUCAUCCACAUCCUCAUCAGCAUCCUCUACACUUUCCCAUGGAGAAGGCAAAGGGACCAGUGGGUCACUAGCUGAUGUAUUUGCCAAUACUCGAAUAGAAAGUUUCUCAGUCCCUCCAGAUGUCACAGCAACUACCUCCACGCCCUCGCCACGGCCCGCAGCCAUCGACCUGCCUCCCUCGGGGAUUGUGAAGGGGAUGCACAAGGGAUCCAACCGCUCCAGCCUCAUGGACACUGCAGAUGGUGUUCCUGUGAGCAGCAGAGUCUCCACAAAAAUUCAGCAGUUGCUGAACACCUUGAAAAGACCUAAAAGACCACCCCUGAAAGAGUUCUUUGUGGAUGAUUUUGAAGAAAUUGUGGAAGUUCCCCAGCCCGACCCCAACCAGCCCAAGCCCGAGGGCCGCCAGAUGACCCCGGUGAAGGGGGAGCCCCUGGGAGUGGUCUGUAAUUGGCCUCCUGCCUUGGAAGCAGCUCUGCAGCGCUGGGGAACCACUCAGGCCAAGUGUCCCUGCCUGACAGCCCUGGAUGUGACAGGAAAACCAGUUUAUACCCUCACAUAUGGCAAACUGUGGAGCAGAAGUCUCAAGCUGGCCUACACACUGCUUAAUAAACUGGGGACCAAAAACGAGCCUGUGUUAAAACCUGGAGACAGGGUAGCCCUCGUGUAUCCCAACAACGACCCCGUGAUGUUCAUGGUGGCGUUUUAUGGCUGUCUCCUGGCUGAAGUGAUCCCAGUGCCUAUAGAGGUACCUCUUACCAGAAAGGAUGCUGGUGGGCAGCAGAUUGGGUUCCUGCUGGGGAGCUGUGGCAUCGCUCUGGCCCUCACCACUGAAGUGUGUCUGAAAGGGCUCCCCAAAACCCAGAACGGAGAAAUUGUGCAGUUUAAAGGUUGGCCCAGACUCAAAUGGGUUGUGACAGAUUCAAAAUAUCUCUCCAAAUCUCCCAAGGACUGGCAGCCCAACAUCUCAGCAGCAGGAACUGAGCCAGCAUAUAUUGAGUACAAGACCAGCAAGGAGGGCAGUGUCAUGGGUGUCACCGUGUCCCGGGUGGCCAUGCUGGCUCACUGCCAGGCCUUGUCUCAGGCCUGCAACUACUCCGAAGGUGAAACCAUAGUGAAUGUGCUGGAUUUUAAGAAGGAUGCAGGGCUGUGGCAUGGCAUUCUAACGAAUGUAAUGAACAAGCUGCACACUAUCAGCGUGCCCUAUUCUGUGAUGAAAACCUGUCCUCUCUCAUGGGUGCAGAGGGUUCACGCCCACAAAGCAAAAGUUGCUCUGGUGAAGUGUCGAGACUUGCACUGGGCCAUGAUGGCCCACCGGGACCAAAGAGACGUGAGCCUGAGCUCGCUGCGGAUGCUGAUCGUGGUCUGUUUCCUCCUGUGAUGCCUUCCUGAGCUUGUUUCAGAGCCACGGGCUCAAACCAGAGGCGAUUUGUCCCUGUGCCACCUCCCCCGAAGCGAUGACCGUCGCAAUCCGGAGGCCUGGAGUCCCCGGGGCCCCUCUGCCAGGCAGAGCCAUCCUGUCCAUGAACGGGCUGAGUUUUGGUGUCAUUCGGGUCAACACUGAGGAUAAAAACUCUGCUCUCACUGUCCAGGACGUGGGGCACGUGAUGCCAGGAGGCAUGAUGUGUAUAGUGAAACCAGAUGGGCCACCCCAGCUCUGUAAAACAGAUGAGAUUGGUGAAAUCUGUGUGAGCUCCAGAGCAGGAGGAAUGAUGUACUAUGGGCUGGCAGGGGUGACAAAGAAUACUUUCGAGGUGAUCCCUGUGAACUCCUCUGGCUCUCCCGUGGGGGAAGUGCCCUUCGUGCGCUCCGGCUUGCUGGGAUUCGUUGGACCUGGCAGUUUGGUGUUUGUGGUUGGGAAGAUGGACGGGUUGCUGACCGUGAGCGGGAGAAGGCACAACGCCGACGACAUCGUGGCCACUGGGCUGGCCGUGGAGUCAAUAAAAACAGUUUACAGAGGAAGGAUUGCUGUGUUCUCCGUGUCUGUGUUCUACGACGAGAGGAUCGUGGUGGUGGCAGAGCAGAGGCCAGAUGCAUCUGAGGAGGACAGUUUCCAGUGGAUGAGUCGGGUGCUGCAGGCCAUUGACAGCAUUCACCAAGUGGGUGUUUACUGCCUUGCUCUCGUGCCAGCCAACACAUUGCCAAAAACUCCGCUGGGAGGGAUCCACAUCUCCCAAACCAAACAGCACUUUCUGGAGGGCUCUCUGCACCCCUGCAACAUCCUCAUGUGCCCACACACUUGUGUGACAAACUUGCCAAAGCCCAGGCAGAAACAGCCAGGGGUGGGCCCUGCCUCUGUGAUGGUGGGGAACCUGGUUGCUGGGAAGAGAAUCGCUCAAGCCUCUGGGAGAGAUCUGGGUCAAAUAGAAGACAAUGAUUUAGUGAAAAAGCACCAGUUCCUGACAGAAGUGUUGCAGUGGAGAGCUCAAGCAACUCCUGACCACCCACUCUUCCUUUUAUUGAAUGCCAAGGGAACCACUGUGUGCACGGCCACCUGCCUUCAGCUGCACAAAAAGGCUGAGAGAAUUGCAUCAGUGCUGUGUGACAAAGGCCAUCUCAAUGCAGGAGACAAUGUGGUGCUUCUUUAUCCUCCUGGCAUCGAGCUCAUCACGGCCUUCUACGGCUGCCUGUACUCGGGCUGUGUCCCCGUCACCGUGCGCCCGCCCCACGCCCAGAGCCUGGUGGCAACUCUGCCCACAGUGAGGAUGAUCGUGGAGGUCAGCAAAGCCGCCUGCAUCCUCACAACCCAGACCCUGAUGAGGCUGCUCAAGUCCCGAGAGGCAGCUGGGGCUGUGGAUGUGAAAACCUGGCCAACCAUCAUUGACACAGAUGAUUUGCCCAGGAAGAGGCUGGCCCAGAUCUACAAGCCACCCACACCUGAAAUGUUGGCAUAUCUAGAUUUUAGUGUUUCCACAACAGGCAUGCUCACAGGAGUAAAGGCCCGAGGCAUUAACCUGUCCUGUGUCCGCACCUGCGUGGUGGUGGCCGAGGAGCGGCCGCGCGUGUCCCUCACCCAUUCCUUCUCCAAGCUCUUCAAGGACAUCGGGCUCUCAUCCCGGGCCGUGAGCACCACCUUUGGCUCCAGGGUCAACGUGGCCAUCUGUCUGCAGGGAACAUCGGGGCCAGAUCCCACCACGGUGUACGUGGACCUGAAAUCCUUGAGACAUGACAGAGUCCGUCUGGUGGAACGAGGAGCUCCCCAGAGCCUGCUGCUCUCUGAGUCUGGAAAGAUCCUGCCUGGGGUCAAGGUGGUCAUUGUCAAUCCAGAGACAAAAGGGCCUCUGGGAGAUUCUCACCUUGGGGAGUGCCGUGUUCACCUGGACCAACCUGCUGGUGGUGGUGGUGGAGCUGUGUGGCUGCGAGCAGGAGGCUCUGGACCUGGUGCCUCUGGUGACCAACGUGGUGCUGGAGGAGCAUUACCUGAUCGUGGGGGUGGUGGUGGUGGUGGAUCCUGGAGUCAUCCCCAUCAAUUCCCGAGGCGAGAAGCAGCGCAUGCACCUCCGGGACAGCUUCCUGGCCGAUCAGCUGGACCCCAUUUACGUGGCCUACAACAUGUGAUGGGAGCACAGAGGGAUCGGGGUGCUUGUGCAGAGUGAAGCUGGUGAAAAUUACUAAUACUUGAUCUAAAGUUUGAGGUUGCUGCCACAUUCCCUCCCUCCUGUCCUGGGGGUUCCAGUCCUGGUGGGGUGAAGGACGAGGGGGAAGCAACAGCAAACGUUUGUAACAGUUUACUGAACCGUGAGCUUUAGAGAACUGCAAAGGGGGAAGGAAAGUGUGUGAGCUACGGAAUCCCCAAGGCCUUUACAGUAGUGUUACUUUUUCACCCGUUGUACAUAUUUGUAUUUUUAUCUAAUCCCGGGUUAGGAUUCUAUAAGGGGUGGGUUUAUUUAGUUAAGAUAAUAAACUAUUAAGAAAAGGGUCAUCAGAGUUCUGCAGUUCCCUACUCCACGAUCUCCUUUGCAUCUGGAGCUUGUUCAUCCCACGGGAUCACACGACUUAUUGACAAUUGUGCCAUGACCAAAUCAAUAACUUACAGAAUCAGAGUUACUUAUUCAUAUAGAGAUUUCUGGAAUUUAAAAAGAAUUUUGCCUAUAUUUUAAAUAUGUAAAUAUUAUUAUACAUAAUUCACUUAGAUAGAAAAUUAACUUGGCUAGCGAGGGCAGCUGAAGGUUGAUGUUUUUAAGGACAGGUGACUUUUGUGGUCCUCAGCAUCAUGGCAUUGGCUUAGACACAAUGUGAGAUGCUCCCACCUUCCCCAGGUUUCUGAUUUCAUUUGCAUCUUUAUUCUGGCCAGAAUUGUGCAGAACCCUUUGGUUUGAAGGCACAUCUUUGUCCAGAGGGCUGAAUUCAGCGUGGAAAUGGGGAGAAAUGGCAGUGCAGGGAGGGAACUGAGGGACAGCCUCAGCCUGGGGCACCAGGUGUGCAAAGGAAAACCAUUCCUAGGCUGGCACACAGUGAAUUCCCUGCUUGUGCCAUUCCCCUGGGAUUCCUCCAGCUCCCUGCAGGCACAGCAGGAUUACUGUGAACAGCCUUUAGUGGAAACUGGGAGCAAACAAAAAUGCUUUCCUCUAAAGAAUGGGAGAAUCCCAGGUUUAAGUUGGACACAAUUUUACUGGAGGAUCCAGUAAUUCUGGCAAACACAUUGUUAAAUAACAUUGUGAAAAUUGCUGUCCCAGCCUUCCACAUCCUGUGUCAGCUCCAGCAUUAGGGAAUGGGAAGAAAGAGAAACCUGAAAGCAGCAGGUACAAGCUCUUCCUGCUGGUGGUUGAGCUUUGACUCAAAAUUAUCUCUUUUUUUUUUCUUUUUUUAAUUCUUCAUCUUUUAAUAGCAAUUACACUUCUCUGGGUGCUAAUAUAUGAUUUUGGAAGCUUCAGGAGCUGCUACCAGAUCCUGCAACAGGGUUUUUUGAGUCAGAUGUGGUAUACAGUGUAAAUAAACUUUUCAAAUGUUCCAGAUUACCUCACAAAAAAAAGUUUUUAGGCAGUUUUUAAAAGGUUUGUGGUGUGGAUUUGGAAGAUCCUGUGGCAGUUACUGGAACAGAGUCCAGUGGAUCCACGAGCAAACCCAGCUGUGUCCUUGAGAAGCUCCUGCUGCAUCCUGGUGGCUCCUCACUGCAAACAGGAGCUUCAAAACUCAGAAGUUUCAAAUGAUAUUUUUGAAAAAUGCUCGGUGGGGAAAUAGGAACUGGAAGUUUUGUGGCAGGUCUGGACUUAAAGUUCUUUGCAAACACUUUGGGUUUCAGGUGCACAUUUUGGAACCUUGUCUGUGUUUAUCCACUGCAGAAUAUGCACAAAAUCUACAAGAUAUUUAGUUUUAACAAAUUGAACACAAAGUGGGGACAGUGGCAGGUCAAAGACUAAAACAGUUGGUCCUGCAGCUUUUUUUGGGGGUGUAAAGUGCAUAAAGGGUGUUCUCCCCUUUCAGCCAGAAAAUUCCUGUUAUUCCGUGUUCUUUGUCACCAUUUUUGUGUUUCCUGCACAGCCCAGGCCUGCCCAAGCAGCUUCACUCCAGUGUGACCUUUCCAGGAAAAUCUGGUGGUCUUGAACCUUUUUCUUUACUCAAGGCUUUAGAUAAAUUGUUUCAACAAACAUUUUUUGUCCUCUGAAGUAGAUUUUACGUCCAAUUCCAGGAUUGUUUUUUUAUUUUUAUUCGUGAUUUUUCACAAAUAAAACCACGUGUGUAUUAAUUCCAUCAAAUGUGGCAGGUGAAAUUCCUGAAACGGCAUUUUUGAUUGUGACUGGAUCGAUCUUUUUUUUUUUUUUUUGUAUUUUUUUCCCCUUAUUUUUUGGUUUGCAUAGGUACUGUUAGCUUCCUGUGGUUUGAGGUUUUACCUUUCAAGUUGCCUGUGUGCUCCAGAUCUCCGAGCACGUUCCAUUUCUGUGUGCUGGAGAACUGCAGGACACUGCCCGUGGGACGAGAGAACAUUCCAGGGACGAGGAGAAGCUGCUCCCUUCGGAUUCCCUGAGAGUUUUCUAUCAAUCCAUUUCCCACAGAGAGCAGCAGGAGGAGGGAUGGAGCUGGGGCUCUGGAAUCCCCAAAAUUCCACCCCAGCUCUGCUCAGCGCUUGCCACGAGCCUUGCACAGACCAUUCCACCCCUCCCUCUGGAGCUGGCGAUGAUAUUUCCAUGGUUUUUGGGAACAAAGCAAGAUCUUUCACUCCAGGCAUUGGCAGGUGGGCAGGGCUGGGUGCUUCUCCCAAAAAUCAGCCUCUCCCCCUGGUGUGGCUGCAGCUCUGGGGUUGCACAGGGCACAUUAUUCCCUUUUCUUGCCCCUUGGGUUCCAGCUUAACUGCAGUGAAACUGAAAAUCUGGGAAUUCUUCCCACUGGACUGAAGUAUAUUGUGUGUGUCUCACUGUUUCUGAAUCUUCUCUGAGCAAACGCUGUGGGAACAGGACAGUUGUGUCCCGUUUUGUUGGAAUUUGCACUUCAUUUCUGGUUUAAAUCAAUUCAGCUGUGUCCUACUAACUGUCUCCUAAAAUAAGGUUAUAAAAACCAGAUCAAUUUUAGCCCUAGAUGCCUUUUUUUUUUUUUUUUUUGCUUUUAUUUCUGUCAACCUCUUUCUCAUUGUCCAAUCCAGACUCCGGCAUUCUGUAAUUAUGUAUAAAGGUUUUAUUUAUUUAAAACUAGAUUAGUUACAUUUUUAAAUUUAACACCUGGCUGGACAGUGUCCCAUUAACGCAUUGAUUGUGUUUCCUUUGUCUUGUGUUAAUAAAUAUUGAUGCCUGGUUGCUUGUUUAGUCCUUCCA